AUGGCAACUGAAGGAAAUGAAAGCAUCUCAACUGGAACUGGUUCUCAGAAUAAUCAAAAUUCAUCAUCAGUGGACUUCAAUCAUCCCUUGUACUUGCAUCCCUCGGAUACUCCAGGUUCUAUCUUAGUUUCUUUUCAACUCAUUGGAAUAGAAAAUUACUCACUAUGGAGUCGAUCAAUGAAAAUUGCAUUACUUGCUAAGAACAAAAUAGGCUUUAUUGAUGGAACUUGUAAAAGAGACACAGUUUCAAUUAACUUGCAACAGCAGUGGGACAGAUGCAAUGCCAUUGUGCUCUCUUGGAUUAUGAACUCUGUAAGUAAAGAAUUGUUGAGUGGUAUAAUCUAUGCUUCUAAUUCACAUCUGGACCUCUUCAGUGGGAAGGUAAAGGGGAUUGGUAGAGAAGCCGAAGGUUUAUACUUUUUAUUGCCUCUCAAACACCAUGCAUCACUAACUGUGCCUCCACAUCUAUCGGCUAUUCCUAAGGUUCCUCAAGUUUACAUAGUGCAUGAAGAUCCUUCUACUUUGCCUACUAAUUGUUGUUUAUCUUCUAUUGAAAUGUGGCAUAAAAGACUUGGCCAUGUGCCUAUUCCCAAAUUGAAAUAUUUUCCUUCAAUAAAGCUUACUCAAAAUGAUAUACAAUGUGUGGUUGAUUGCAGAAUAUGCCCCUCAGCUAAACAAGUCAGAUUACCAUUUACUUCAAGUCAUACUAGAGCAUCUCAUCCUUUUGAUUUAUUGCAUAUGGAUGUUUGGGGCCCUUAUGCUCAUCCCACCGUUGAUCAUCAUAAGUUCUUUCUCAUUANCUCUAAGGAACAAUAUGAAGAGAUCCUUAAACUCUUGAACAAAUAUUCAACUACUUCUACAGCAGAUGGAAUGGUGAACAUGGCAGGAAUAAAAUGUUUUUCAUCUUCACUAGGUGAGAAACAAUCCUGGAUUCUAGAUACAGGGGCUAGUCAUCAUAUGUCUCCUUGUAUUGAUCUAUUAUCAGAAUUAACAUCUUUACCUGUUUCUACAUCAGUUCGACUGCCUAAUGGUCAUGUGUCUAAAGUUUCUCAUAUUGGAUCACAUUAUCUUGCUGCUGACCAGAAACUUACCAAUGACCUCUUCAGUGGGAAGGUAAAGGGGAUUGGCAGAGAAGUUGAAGGUUUAUACUUUUUAUUGCCUCUCAAACACCAUGCAUCACUAGCUGUGCCUCCACAUCUAUCGGCUGUUCCUAAGAAUCAUUUUUCUGCUUCUAUCAAAGUCAUUAGAUCAGAUAAUGGGGGAGAGUUUUUUAGCACUGCUUACACUGAGUUGUUUACAUUCUUGGGCAUCAUUCAUCAGAGUUCUUGCGUUUACACCCCCCAACAGAAUGGGGUGGCAGAAUGCAAACACAGGCACCUACUGGAUGUAGCUAGAUCCUUGAAAAUCCAAGCAGGAAUUCCCCUUCAAUACUGGGGAGAUUGCAUUCUUACUGCCUGUUAUUUGGUGAACAGUUUAUCCUCUCCUGUUUUAGGCAACAAGUCCCCUUAUAAANAAAAGGAAGCAAUUUCCAAGGCAAAUAGUAUUUCCACUUUGUGGUUCAUGACUUCAUGA